CCACCAUUCAGCCAGAAACUCUGGCUCCAAAUUCCGUAAUCUUGGAUUUUCCGUUUUUCACCUACUUAUCGCCUACGCCAGUGCCAGGCACCACUGCUGUUGAUUCUCUCCCUGCAGAUCAGCUCAGUGCAGACAGCUGCACUUUUUCUGCACUCAGCUGCAUGGACCCCUUCCUACUGCCACCAAUGAGGGUUAAGUCCUCAGGACCUCUUGCUUAGGUUCUUAUAAUAAGACAUUUCACCAGCGACUCUGAUCUGGUUCUGCCGAUUCCCAGACCACCCUGAAAAUCCCUUCCUUCUUCCCCCAAACAUCAACAUCUCACACUCAGCUCUGGGCAUGUUGCUUUCCUGCUUACUCUGACCCAGCCUCCUAGAAUCUCCUUCAACCUCCAGGCUCAGGGUUCACUACCCCUCACUAAUCCCAGUUUAUAUACCGUACUUGUCCAUCUCUGGGACUUUUCUUCUCUACCAAGAACGCCCUCCCUUCCACUAUAGUUAUCUGAAUUCUCCACACCUUUCCAAGGCCAACUCAAAGAGUAUCCCCUCCUUGAAAUGUUGAUCUGCCCAGAGGAAGGUGGUUUCUGCUUCUGAAUUUCCCCAUCGAACUCUCCUUCUGCUACAAUUUAUAUAGCUACCUUGAAUUAUGGCAAAUGUGUACCUCUUUAUCUCUUUCCUAUUAGAUUACAAACCCUUGUCUUUGAAUGUUUUGCUUCUAAUUCUAUAAGGUUUUAUACAUUGUUAGUAAUAAUAUAUUCACUGGACAAACCAAUGAAAAUGAAGUCCAAAAGAAACCAAAUUUUAAAGUUCAAUGAAUUAUCUUCUCCAGUUUAAUCUAAUUUAUUUUGACCUAAUCUCACAGCUGAAAUUUAAGAAGUAAAUUUCACCAGUAUGUCCCAGAUAACACCUAUACUCUUUCUUUUAUGCUCCCUAGAAUGGGUGCCUCAGAUAGUCUCUGCUCAUAUAGAUUAGGAGGCUCUUCAUAAUUUUAUGAUUGGUGCUUAUAGACAUGCCCAAUCAAGCCCUUCAAGAUAGAGCUUAUAAAGGGCUAAGGCCAAUUUGAUUUUCUGUAUAUUAAACAGUUAAUAAUUAUAAUGUUCUUCUAGAAUGUCCAAAUCAUAUGAAUUCUGCCUAGUAGGAUGGAAGAGAAACUUAUUGGCACAAAUAUAGUGGGAACUUUUCAGUAGACAGUGGAAUCACAGCUAAUGGUUAGGACCCUAAAUAUAUUUAGAUGGAUAACUGAUAAAUAAUAAUUUAUCAAAUUCUUUUAAGGUACAGUUCAGUGGUAGUAAAUAUGCUGAGAUCCGUUUUUGGGAACCAGAAAUAUAUAUGGCAAACAUACACUUUUCUUUUCCGUUACUGUGGAAGAAAAUUACCUGUAAUUAGGCUGUAUAGAGGGGGGCUACUAAGGAAGGAACAAGAUCAGAAGAAACUCCUAAAGCGGUACAAAUGGUAUUUCUAACAUUCUGGUUGAUAAUUUCAAUGAGUUCAGAUGUAUCCAUUUUAUUAUUAUGCUACCAUAUUCUUUUCUAAUAACUGUCACCAAAAUGAAAGCUAACAGCAGCCUGAACCAUGCCACCCACAGCUGUAAGCACUUCUUUUAUAUUAAUUCAUUUAAGACCAACUAUAUCUCUAGGGUAUGCAUCAUUAUUAUUCACAUUUUACAGCUUAGAAAAUUAAGGCACAGAAAUUAAGUCACUUUCCCAAGGCCACCAGGCAUUCUAGCUCCAGAAGCUGUGCCCUUACCACUCUGCUACCAGAUAUGCUGAAAAGAAGAAACAGAAACAAGAAGUUUGACAUGAGCUGAGUCCAGUGAUUGUUUCACAGCACAGUCACACCAUGCCAUUCUCCUACUCUUGCAGACAUAUGGCCACUUAAAAGAUUUCUAUUCCCUCUUUAUGUUUCAUCAUUUUUCAGAAGCUGUAUUACUUACAUUAACCUUGCAAUUAACUCAAACAAGUCUGGAAAGGUUUCUUCUUCUCCUAUCCAAAACCACACAGUGAAAGACCAUAUCAGCUCCUGGCCUUGCUACAAAGCCUUUCCAGAAAAAUAUAAAUGGUUGAAAAAGCAAUUGGGCUGCCAACGUCUGUGUAAACGCUGCCAAGUAACUGAACCACUCCAACUUUAGUUCACUCUAAAAGGAGGGUCUGAUGAUGUGAGGUUAUUUCAAUUCUUAAGUGCAAAAUCUAUAUCAAAUUUUCUCACUGUCGAACUCACACAGAUUAUUAUUUAUAAUCACAACUUUAGUUUCCACUGUCGUUUAUCCUGGUGGGGCACUGAAAACUACCAUAUGUGUUUCUUUCUCCUCUCCAUUAAUCAAUAAUUAAAUUAGCAAGCAAUUAGUAAGCCAUGUGCCAGAUGCUCUGACGAUGCUGUGCUAGGCACCAAAGGGAUAAGACACAAUACUAACAAUAUAUAAUUAGUUUCAUUCAUUAACAAGUGAACUUUUCUAGUCAUACCUGAAUCAAGAGUUUAGGGCUAAGUACUUGGAGAGAUUACAACGUGCAGCUCCCCACAUAGGCAGGUAGUCAGUCCACUGGGCCUUAGGUAACAUCUUACUACUCUGGAUGCACAGUCAUCCCUUCCCUCUGAGGGAAGAGCAGAGGGUGGCAGAGGGGAUGAUGUGCCAGCUGCUUCCCGAGGUGGGGAAAUAAGCCAGACUAUGAUUCUCAUAGGAUAAAUGAUUGUGGCAGACUGCCAGUUAUCUCUUAACACUCUCCCCUUCUUUUUGAAGAAUGGAACUCUGGGCACAUGGCUGCCCAAAAUAAAGACGAUAUCCUUCCCAACCUGCCUUACAACUGAGUGUUGCCACAGGCCUGAGUUCUGGCCAAUGGGAUGUACGUGAAAGCGUCUUCCUUCACCUUCCUCCUGCCAGUUGGCUGGAACGUGGAUAUGUUGGCUGGGGCUUGGUUGCCAUCAUGGACCACAAAGUGGAGAAACAAAAUCCAAGAAAUGAGUGUCUCUGAUAAUGUGGUCUGACCUAAGUUUAUGUAAAAGAGAAAUAAGCCUCUGCUCUGUUUCAGCUGCAAUGAAUCCUACCUUGUGCAGCCCUAUCCUUUUGGCCUGAUUCUUACUCAUGCCUUAGAUCUUAUUUGCUUCAAAAGACACCUCUUAAGAAGAGCUAUCUCUGUCCUCCUCUUCAUUUGUCCUCCAUCACGCCCUGUGAUAAAUACACUUUGAGCUCCUGAGAUUUUUCUUUCAUUGUAUUUAUCAUAGUUUAUAUGUAUUUAUGUAUUUCAUUGACUUCUAGCCCCAUCAUUAACCUCCAAAGAGACAAUGAUUCUGUUUUUCUUUGGUUUUGGUUUCAUUUUCUUCACCAUGGGAUCUUCCAGCACAGUUCCUGGCACACAGGAAGCAAUGAAAUAUUUGCAGAAUAAAUGACUGAAAAAAUUGUAGGAUCUCCCCACUCUACUAGGAACUCUAGAACAUCCACAGUAAGUGCUGAAGGCCUCUUCAUUUGUACUUGCUUUAAAAAAAAAUCACGGGGUGAAGUUUUAAAACACUUAGCAGAGUUGUUCUCAAAUGUAUUUAAAUGGCAUGGCACUUAGAAAUUAUAGUGCUAAAAAUAAUUAAUAGAUAAUGUGAAUGUACAUCUUAGAAAAUACUGGAAUUUAAAAAAUUACUGCAAUGGCCUAAAGAGAACUGGGGUUAAUCCUGAAGCUAAGAAUAUAUGUUCCCUGAAUUGAUUUUGUUCUGUGGUACAAAUAACAUGUGUAUACCAUAUUUGUAGAUAUCUCUACCAAGUUGCAUGCAGGGAGACUGAUAUAAUUACAUUUACUGAAAACAACAUUUAUAAUUGAAAUUCACAUUUUAACAUGAAACAAUGCAUUAACAAAUUAAAGGAAAAUCACAUUUCUCAGUUUUCAGUAUUUGCCCUUUACUUUUUCAUAUAUUUUUUAUUGUCUAAUGCAAUUAUGCCAAAGGGUAAAGAAGCAUGGGAGAAAAACUUAGUAAGAAUUUUAUCAAUGUGUGUACAAAUUAGAAAAUGACUGUUGUCAUUCAAUCUUAGCAGAAGGAAUAGGAAGGGCUGUUUGAGAACCAUUUAAUCAGCAGAACCACAUAAUUUUGAGGUUUCCCUGCAUUAACUACAGAAAUAAUAUAUUGUAAAUACUUCAGGUCAACCUCCAAGAAUCAUACUUUUGAAAUUAACCUUUUUUAUCAAACACUGGAUUUUUCUGUAAUACUAGAGAUUGCUACAAAUCUUCUAAAAUGUCUCAGCAUCUUUAGAGUAAGAAGGGAUUUCUCCUUGUAAUGAGAAAGCAAGACAAUUUAGCCAUUUUGCCCUCAGACUUCACUAACAAUCAUUCCUUCCAUAAGGCACUCUAGAAAACCAAAUGCCCGGUUAGGGGCAUCAGGACUAACCAAUUGGAUAAAUGGCCCAAAUAUGAGGCUGCCAUUAAAACAGAUUAGAGGUGGUCCUUCCAUCUGGCAGAGCAAGGCACUCGCUGAAGUGCUGGCACAUAUUCAAAGCACUGUCUUCUACCCACUGAGAGACCAGAGUUCUAAAUGAACAAUUCACAGCUCAGGGCUACUGGCUCCAGAUAG